AUGGCAGCCCCAGGGGAGAGUGAAGCCCUUGCUGAACCUCUACCUCACAAGCAUGGCGACCCCACACUGCAGCCUUCUCCACAGACAUCGGCAUUACCUGCUCCAGGCUAUCCAGACGUGUCAACCCUGGCCACCAAGCAGGACAUCAUGGAUCUACUUAACGACAUAAAGAAGCUUUUGGCCGCUGAUGUGGAGUUGGUUAGGGCUACAGAGGAAGAGUCCGUGCCACAGAGGAAGACAUCACAGACAUAA